UAGAGGCAUAGCCGUAUGUCGAGCCGAUCCAAUCCAACAGUCUCCUUCGGGCGGCCGUCUGUUUCUGCUAUAGUUUCUGCAACUGGUUUCUGCGAACUUCUCAUCCAGCUUUUAAUACUUCGUUCAGCUGUGACUAUCAUCUUAUCAUGGCAUACGCAGUGAGGUUCGCCAACAAAACAAGUUCUGUGUCACUUCUGAGACCAGUGACAGCUUUGCCCACUGCAUGUCUUGCACCCAUGUCAGCAAUGAGUCCCAAGCAGGCAGAAGCAACAGAACACUUUUUCAAGAAGAACAAGUCACUCGAGAGGCCUUUGUCUCCUCACCUGAGCAUUUAUGCGCCGCAAAUGUCGUGGGUGCCUUCGCUGAUACACAGGACAACUGGCAUUGGCAUGACAAUGUGCCUGUAUGGAAUGGGUGUGAUGCCAUUUGUGUGCUCGCACCAGUUCCCGCACUAUGUGGAGGCCCUGCAGGCAAUGCACAUCUCACCCAUCCUCACUUUCCCAGUGAAGCUUGGCCUGGCCUUUGCCCUCUUCUACCACACUUUCAAUGGCAUGCGCCACCUGGCCUGGGAUUUGGGUCUUGGCUUCAGCCUCAAGGAGCUCUACGCAACAGGCUAUCUUAUCAUAGGCGUCAGUCUGGUGGCAGCAGUGGUUUUGGCCCUCAAAUAGACCUGCCUUAUACCUGGACUGGAGCACCUAGGGUCAAGUGAUGGAAGCAGACGUCUGCCACUUAGUAUGGAAUUGUCCACCUUUACAACUGGAAUGCUCCCGUCUCCUGCAAGUUGGCCUCCACUGCAGUGCUAUGUCUAGUGACGAUGGCUAGAUGUACAAAAGCAGAUACCACAAAACACUUCCUUAAAUUCAUGGACUUCAUGAAGAACACAGGCCUUACAGUGCACGUAUAACACCUAUCAAACAAUAUGCUUUAGAGACAAUUCACUGAGCACGCGCUGGUGGGCGAGUUGGUUAGGCAUGAUUACAAAGAAGGCGCCACAUAAAACAACAGACGAAGGAAGGAGACACGAGACACGUAAGCUUCACUGAAAAAUUUUUAAGAUAUCUUGCACAUCUGGCAACUGUUAUGAGUUUAUUGUAAGAUGCCCAAUUUUUAGGCUGUUAUCAGUUGUAACGACACCAAUAAUUUUACUAAUUUUCAUUUGCGUACAGUUUAGGGCAAAACUAACUUCAAAAGAAUGAAAUGCAGUUGCCAACAGAUUUUUCUGACCCUUAAUAUUCAUACCUGCAGGCACCAUUGCCACUGACUUCAUAGGAAUGAGAAUAGUGCAGUCAGUCUGUCAACGUUACAUGAUUACUUAAUCAUUAAAUAUCAUGGAUAUUUCUGCAUAUCUGUGGCUCAGAUACAUUUAACUACAACUAUAUAGAGCUGAAAGGUGCCUUUUCACAGAAUCUGUUUUUUUCAUUGUUGUUGAAGCAUGAUUUUUUUUUUUUUGUAGAAAGCUUACUCUAAACUCAUGCUGUUCGAGGUACACAUACACACUUUAUUAACAAUCACUUACCUAUAGACACAGAUAACAAGCAGCAGCAAACUUGCAAUAGCAGAUACUAACAAGGAAAACAUUGCUUUUACAUCAUGGUAACUUUUUCAGCGAAUCUUAUGUUUUUGCUGUUGCUUUAGGAACUUGUCUGUAUAAUCAUUCACGAAGCAAGUACCCCCUGGUGUCCUUUCAAUAUAAGACUUUCAAUGGAAAGUUCAAAGAGCAAUGAGCAAAAUAUUUUCAACAGAAUUUGUUUUUUAUAAAACUUCAUGCAGCAUCUGUAAAAUUAUGAAAUGCACGCAAAUUUGUAAACAUUAUGAAAAAUCUGGGUGGGCCGGCAGGUAUGGAGUUGUUGCUUUUGUCAAUCUUACUCUGUGCUCAAAGCCAUUACCAGUUCAAACAAAUAGGCACCGUCAAGCUCUGAAGCGCUAAGGGCCAGUGUUACCAUCACUCUCAUUACUGUUGCUACUGUCAGUUCCAUCAAACAGUGGCUGUGUUGUCAUCCUGUCAUCCUCAUUACCACUUUCCCCUUCUGCCUGAUUGAGUUUCGCUUGUGCUAGGACACCUCCAGCAACCACCAACCACACUGCUGUGUAGCUCAUGUAUGCUAUUGUGUGCAAUGCUGUAGUUUGGGAAGUCCUUGGAUGUUGUGGACGAAGUUAACACAAAUUUAUGUUACCAUUGUUAUUUGUUGCUCAUGCAGCUGAACGAAAUAUGGGAAGAAGUGACAGAACCUGCGUGUGUAGACAUAUGCAAAGUAUCUAUCCCUUUUCUUGUUGUAAACUUGUUUUGUGUGCAUACGUAUGGGAGGUGUUGCUCAUUUUGGUGGCUUGUAUUAAAGGGGGACUUGUGUAGCGCUUAUAAAUAAAGAUAUAAUGAUGUGCAAA